AUGCCCAAAUGCCCGAAAUGCAACAAGGAGGUCUACUUUGCGGAGAAGGUGACGUCUCUGGGAAAGGACUGGCACCGACCAUGUCUGAAGUGUGAGAAGUGCAGCAAGACUCUGACUUCCGGCGGGCACGCUGAGCACGACGGGAAGCCUUACUGUAAUAAGCCCUGCUACGCUGCCCUGUUUGGACCAAAAGGUUUCGGUCAUGGAGGAACCGAGAGCCACACUUUCAACUGA